AUGGCAAUCGCACGAAGCCAUGUGCCCACGUGUCGAGUCAGGAACAUCCAGGAAAGUUACCGUUAUGAUUACAUGGAGCUUGCAAUGGAUCAGACAAAAGCAUCGAAAAAGGGGAAUAAGACGUUUGAAUAUGAAGAUGGCCCACCACCUAAAACCCGGAAUUUAAAAGCUCAUGCACUUCUGCACUUGCCAGACUCAGUCACUCGCUGA